AUGAAGGUCGCUCUACUCUUCUUGGCUGCCUUGGCUGCUGCUGAGCAGCUGGAGACAGCCCCCGCGGUCGCCGCUGGUGUCUACAACAAGCCCCAGGAAGACACCAAGCCCGCCACCAGUGGAACCUACUCAAACGUCGCGCACGACGAGGCGCCAAAGGUCUCGGGCGGCUACGCGGCGACGACGAAGCCCAAGCAAAAAGACAUCAAGCCAAAAGGAUACGCCGACAAGCCGAAGCCCGCCGAGCACGAGCACGAGCACGAGCACGAGCACGAGCACGAGCACGAGCAUGAGCCAGCCGAGCACGAGCACAAGCCAGCCGAGCACGAGCAAAAGCCAGCCGAGCCCAAGUACAAGCCGGCCGAGCACAAGCCGAAGCCAGCUGAACCCAAGUACAAGCCGGCUGAGCACAAGCCCAAGCCAGCUGAGCCCAAGUACAAGCCAGCCGAGCCCAAGCCGGCCGAGCAAAAGCCAGAUGCUUAUGCUCCGGCCAAGGUCGAGUCCUAUGGUGCCCCGGCCGAGCCGAAGCCGAAUGCUGGUGCGCCGGCCAAGGACGAGUCCUACAGCGCCCCGGUUGUGAAGCCCGACGACGCUCCGGCUGACUACAAGGCGGUUGGCGCGUCUGAGCCCCAGGUCAGCGAGACUUCUGUAGAUACGGCAGUCAUCGUUGCAGCCACGCUGCUCUCCGCUGAAGAAGACGCCACUUACGGUCAGUACCAGCCUCCAUCGGAGCCUGCGUACAAGAAUCAGCCCGCCAACAACCAAGCUGGAUACGGCAAGCAGCCCAGCUACGGGAACAAAGGCGGCUACGCAAAGCCCAGCUACGGCGAUAACGACGGCUACGACGGCGGCUACGACGGCGGCUACGACGGCGGCUACAACGGCGCCUACAACAAGCCCGCUACUGGAUACAAGAAGCAGCCCGACGCUGGCUACGGCUAUGACAACCGCUACAAGCAGCCUAGCCAAGGUUAUAACAAGCAGCCGAGCACUGGUUACGGCAAGGACAACGGCUAUGGCAACAACAACGGCUACGGCAACAACAACGGCUAUGGCGACUACGACCUGGCGCCGAUCUCGGACGAAGACCGCUUCCACCGGUUCUACGACAACCUCAAGAUCUGCAAGGCCGAGAACGCGCUCGAGAGCUGCAUCAUCUCGUCGGCGUCGCGCGCCGACUGCAUGAGUGCGGCGCGCAUCAAGCAGUGCACGUCGUCGUUCAUCACGGGUCUCUGCUCCGACUUGGAGACGACAACGACCAAGUCGUACGACAACGGCUACGUCAAGUGCUCGGCGGACACGUGCACGGACGCGGCGCUGGCCGACUCGCUCCUCGUGUACAACAAGCUGCUCCGCGACGUCAACACGGCGCUGGACGUCACCCCUCAGUUUGACCAGUGGUCGUUCACGACCAUCAAACUGGCGCUCGCGAGCACGCGCAACCACGCCGACUGCGUCAUCAAGGGGUUCCUGAGCUACCUCGACGGGUGUGCGACGUCGUCCGUGCUACCCAAGCGCGACCUCGUGUGCCUCGACAAGGCGCUCAACAACGGCAAGUGCGAGUGGGGUCUCGAGACCGCGGACGGGUGGAACCUUGCGCAGUUCCUCAAGACGUAUGGCCAGCUGGCGUUCAACAGCGUCGUGUCGUCGAUGCAGCACCGAUUCGGUGUCUCGAACGAGCGUGGCAUCGACAAGGCGAUCACCGACGUCCUCCUCAGCGUCAUGGAGCAGUCGACGCAGUUCGUCGAGACGGUCAACACCGAGUAUGAUUUUACAAACCAAGUGACGUCGGUCGACGUCUGCGCCGUGACGCUGCCCGAGUACCAGUUGGACGCGAAAGACGGUACUGACAUCAGCACGGUGCUCUUCCACUUUGCCAAGACCGAGCAAGACGCAUACAACACGCACGCGUACGGCGAGACGGUCUAUGGCGACUCCCCGGACGAGGGCACGGCCAAGGUCAACUUGUACGACAAGUGCACGCAGUUCUUUGCGGAUACGAAGAAGGACUUUGUCGAAGGCAAGGGCACGGACUGGACGUGCGUGCCCGGUUUCUCAAGUCCGAUGCGCAUCAACGACGACGGCGACGUCGAGUGCAUGGCGACCGACGGCAAAAACUGCAACUGGGGCGGUGAAGACUGCAAUGCCAAGAUCACAAACAAGGUCGACGCAGCCUUGAAGCCAUUGGCGUGCGGCGCCGACCACGAGGCUACGACGGCGCCCGUCUACCAGAACGUCGACAACGUCUACUCCAACCACCGCCAGUACUCGAGCUACAUGGCGGCGAGUCCGGCGUAUGUCGAUGUGUGCGACUCGCUCCGCGUCAGCUGGGACAUUGCGACGGUCGUGCCGAUCGUGAGCACCAAGUGCUUUCCGCAGUCGUGCGUCCUCGCGCAGCUCUCGCAGUGCAUGGACAUUCCCGAGCCGACGUACACGGCGAUCGGGUACGACUAUGUCGCGCAGCCCUCCGACGGCUACAGCGGGUACCGCCCGUCCAGCUACCAGCGCCCGUCCAGCUACGCCACGUACAACCAGUACUCGCGGGCGCUCUUUUGGUUGGUCUGGUCGUGGUUGGCGUUGUUGUCUUCGCUGGGCUUUGUCGCCGGCAUUGUUGUCGUCGCGGUCGCCCAAGUGGUGCUUCAGGCCCGCAACGUGCGCGACGAUGCGAAGGGGUACCGCCUUGUCUAAGCAAUUGCGUGAGCCCCUCUAUCAGUAACUCUAUCAUGAAUGGUUAAUUUGUCUAUGCAUCCAAACGUUCCUGACGGUAGACCAAGACGCUUUCUUCUAAAGUCUAAAAAGAUUUGAAGUCCCUGAAUCCCAUAUGAUAGUAAUCUACUAGUAGAAGGAGAUAGGACCUCCUCUUGUC